GUUUGCCUCUGAAAUACCAGAGCAUUAGAAACACUGGUCAGAGAGACAGAUUUUAAAACCUUUCCAUCUUUAGAAUGGCUGUGGUGGAAAGUCUUUUUCUGCAGGCUACUGGCACAAGCAUAUUGCUUGGUGUUGUUCUCAUGGUGGUUAUUUAUUUCUAUUUAUCAAGCUGUAGCACUAAGGAAGAAGCUAAUGAACCUCCUGGACCCAAACCACUGCCUCUACUGGGAAACCUACUCCAGCUGGACUUGGACAGACCCCACGAAUCACUUUCUGAGCUUGCUAAGACGUACGGAUCUGUGUUCAAAGUAUAUUUUGGCACCAAGAAAGUUGUUGUCUUAGCAGGAUACAAAACAGUCAAACAGGCACUUGUUAACUACGCUGAGGAGUUUGGGGAAAGAGAAAUCAAUCAUACAUUUAAGUUUGCUGAAGAUCAUGGAAUCCUGUUUUCUAAUGGGGAGAACUGGAAAGAGAUGAGACGUUUUGCUUUAACAAACCUUCGAGACUUUGGAAUGGGAAAGAGAGGCAGUGAAGAGAAAAUCGUUGAGGAAUUCCAGUACCUUAAAGAAGUGUUUGAGAGCUUUGGAGGAAAACCAUUUGACACAACUCAACCAAUGAACUAUGCUGUCUCAAACAUAAUCUCAUCCAUUGUGUAUGGAAGCAGAUUUGAAUACAGUGAUCCUCAAUUUAAGGAAAUGGUCAACAGGGCAAAUGAGAAUGUCAGGAUUGGUGGCUCUGCUUCUAUGCGAAUCUUCAACAUACUUCCCUGGAUCGGACCAUUCUUGAAAAGUAGAAGAACACUCAAUAUGAAUGCUGAGAAAAACAAAAAAGAAGUUCGUAAACUGGUGAGUGAUCUUCAGGAGACGCUGACUCCAGGGGAACGCAGAGGAUUUGUUGACUCUUUUCUCCUCCGGAAAGAAAGUGAUGAGCAAUCAGGACAGAAAAACUCUCGUUUCAAUGAGAGGAAUCUUAUCACCACAGUGAUAAAUCUUUUUGUUGCUGGUACUGAUACUACUAGCACAACACUGCGCUGGGGGAUGCUGCUUAUGGCCAAGUACCCUCACAUACAGGAUAAGGUCCAGGCCGAGAUUGACAAGGUGAUUGGAGGUCGUCAGCCAGUAGUGGAGGACAGGAAGAACUUGCCUUAUACAGAUGCAGUAAUCCAUGAAGUCCAGAGACUGGCUAACAUAAUACCCAUGAGUCUCCCUCACACCACCAGCUGUGAUGUGAACUUUAAUGGCUACUUUAUUAAGAAGGGCACAACUGUUUACCCUUUACUGAUGUCUGUAUUGAGAGAUGAGAGUCAGUGGAAAAGCCCACACACCUUCAGCCCAGAAAACUUCCUUGAUGAACAGGGACGAUUUGUUAAAAAAGAUGCCUUCAUGCCUUUUUCUGCAGGACGUAGGGUGUGUCUAGGAGAAAGCCUGGCCAGGAUGGAGCUAUUCCUCUUCUUCAGCUCCCUCCUGCAGCACUUCCGCUUCACUCCUCCUCCAGGGGUGUCUGAGGAUCAGCUGGACCUCACAGGUGUUGUUGGGAUUACAGUGAACCCAUCUCCCCACAAGCUGUGUGCAGUGAAACGGACCUAAUCAAAGACAGAUAGGAAAGGCAAUAAUACUACAGAGGAUAGGAAAAUAGAUUCUUUUUCAUUUUACUUUACCUUAAUGGAUGUAAAAAGAAACAAUUUGAAAAUCCUGAAUCCUGUAUAUAAUCCUGCAUAAUAUAUUCAAAAUUCAAUUUUAUGUCUUACCAUUAACAACAUACAGGUAACUGACAACUUCUCUAGAUUAAUUCCACAACUCAGCAUCUAUGCAGUGCAUCUUUUUAACUUGUCUUUUUUAUUUUUGAGCUGAAAAGUCUUUUUUUUGUUUGAUUAGGUUAGCACAGACCAUUGUUAUCUAUACUGUAUGACCCUGAUAAACCCUGAUGUUAUUUAUUUUAUUUU